CGGAGCAUCCUGGCGCCGCCACCGGAGGCCACAGUAAACAUAGGUGUGCAGAAGCAUUUCCCAUGGAAGCCAGGGAGCUUGGGAGCUCCACACCCACCUACCAUCUCAUCCCUGAGGCCAGCCCACCACCCAGGAUGGAAGAAGAUGUCGACUCACCACCUCAAAACUCCCUGGAAACUAUGCAGCUGAAGAAGGAGAUCUCCCUGCUGAAUGGAGUCAGCCUGGUGGUGGGCAACAUGAUCGGCUCAGGGAUCUUUGUCUCACCCAAGGGUGUGCUGGUAUACGCUGCCUCCUAUGGGCUGUCACUAGUCUUGUGGACCAUUGGUGGGCUCUUCUCUGUUGUGGGUGCCCUUUGCUACGCAGAGCUGGGGACUACUAUCACCAAGUCGGGGGCCAGCUAUGCUUAUAUUCUCGAGGCUUUUGGAGGCUUCAUUGCCUUCAUCCGCCUGUGGGCCUCACUGCUCAUUGUUGAGCCCACCAGUCAGGCCAUCAUCGCCAUCACCUUCGCCAACUACAUCAUCCAGCCCUCCUUCCCCACCUGUGAUCCCCCGUACCUGGCCUGCCGUCUCCUCGCUGCUGCUUGCGUAUGUCUGCUGACAUUUGUGAACUGUGCCUAUGUCAAGUGGGGCACACGUGUGCAGGACACGUUCACUUACGCCAAGGUCCUAGCGCUCAUUGCCAUCAUUGUCAUGGGCCUUGUUAAACUGUGCCAGGGACACUCUGAGCACUUUGAGGACGCCUUUGAGGGUUCCUCCUGGGACGUGGGAGACCUCUCUCUUGCCCUCUACUCUGCCCUCUUCUCUUACUCAGGUUGGGACACCCUUAAUUUUGUAACAGAAGAAAUCAAAAACCCAGAAAGAAAUUUGCCCUUGGCCAUUGGGAUUUCUAUGCCAAUUGUGACGCUCAUCUACAUCCUGACCAACGUGGCCUAUUACACAGUGCUGAGCAUUUCAGAUGUCCUUAACAGUAAUGCCGUGGCUGUGACGUUUGCUGACCAGACAUUUGGCAUAUUCAGCUGGACCAUCCCCAUUGCCGUUGCCCUGUCCUGCUUUGGGGGCCUCAAUGCAUCUAUCUUUGCUUCAUCAAGGUUGUUCUUCGUGGGCUCCCGUGAGGGCCACCUCCCAGACCUUCUGUCCAUGAUCCACAUUGAGCGUUUUACACCCAUCCCUGCUUUAUUGUUCAAUUGCACCAUGACACUCAUCUACCUCAUCGUGAAGGACGUUUUCCUGCUUAUCAACUACUUCAGCUUCAGCUACUGGUUCUUCGUGGGCCUGUCUGUCGCUGCACAGCUCUACCUUCGCUGGAAGGAGCCCGAGCGGCCCCGGCCUCUCAAGCUGAGCCUGAUCUUUCCGAUCGUGUUCUGCAUAUGCUCCGUGUUUCUGGUGGUUGUGCCCCUCUUCAGUGACACUGUUAAUUCCCUCAUUGGCAUCGGGAUUGCCCUCUCCGGGAUCCCUGUCUACUUCCUGGGUGUUUACCUGCCAGAGUCGCGGAGGCCAGUCUUUAUUCGGAAGGUCCUGGCUGCUGUCACCAGAGUCACCCAGCGGCUUUGCUUUUGUGUCCUGACUGAGCUUGAUGUAGCUGAAGAGAGAAAGGUUGAGAGGAAAACUGACUAGAGGCCAGAGGUGACUUCCCCUGAAGCCCAGAAAGCUGACCACAGGUGGCUGUGGCCACCAAAGUCCUGGUAACAAGACUGUGU